GAAGUAACGUAGGAUAGUCAACAUGGCGUCUGUAGCAGCAUGGAACUUCCUGGCAUUUAAUUUAAUUUUAAUUACUCUUCAAGUUCUUGCAGGUCGAGACUUUUAUAAAAUAUUAGGAGUAUCAAAAAAUGCCAAACUCAAUCAGAUUAAGAAAGCCUAUAGAACUUUGGCCAAGGAACUGCAUCCAGACAAAAAUCCAGGUGAUGAGGAAGCCAACAAGAGGUUCCAGGACCUGGGGGCUGCUUAUGAAGUUUUAUCAGAUUCAGAAAAAAGAAAGAUUUAUGACAAACAUGGAGAAGAGGGUUUGAGUAAGGGGGAUGUAGGAGGAGAUCCAUUUUCCAGUUUCUUUGGAGAUUUUAGUUUCUUUGGGGGUGGAGGAGGAGGCAGAGACCGGGAGAUCCCCCGGGGUGGGGAUAUUGUGAUGGACUUGGAUGUCACUCUGGAGGAAUUAUACAGUGGAAACUUUGUAGAAGUUGUUCGAUAUAAACCAGUUGCCAAACCAGCAAAGGGAACCAGGAAGUGUAACUGCCGGACAGAAAUGGUCACUCAACAACUUGGACCGGGACGGUUCCAGAUGACCCAGCAGCAAGUCUGUGAUGAUUGUCCAAAUGUAAAAAUGGUGCCUGAGGAAAAACUUUUGGAAAUUGAGAUAGAACCUGGUAUGAGGGAUGGUCAAGAGUACCCAUUUGUAGCAGAAGGUGAACCUCACAUUGAUGGGGAACCAGGUGACUUAAGAUUUAAAAUUAGACAACAAAAACAUAGAAGAUUUGAGAGAAAGGGAGAUGAUUUGUAUACAAAUGUAACUAUUUCUCUCAAAGAUGCCCUUAUUGGAUUUGAAAUGGAUAUUAAACAUUUAGACGGCCAUUUGGUACAUGUUGUUCGAGAUAAAAUAACAUGGCCAGGGGCCCGCAUGAGGAAGGCAGGGGAGGGCAUGCCAAACUAUGAAAACAAUAAUGUGAAAGGACAGCUGUUUAUAACAUUUGAUAUAGAGUUUCCCAAAGGCACCCUUACAGAGGAGGAUAAAGAAGCUUUAAUUAAGAUUUUAAAACAAGAUUCCAAGCAAGUGGUAUACAAUGGACUUCAAGCAAGCAUGUUUGCAUGAUGAAAGUGCAAUGUAGGAUGAAAUUGUUGUACAUGUAUUUUUAAAAACAAGUCAUGUAUAUGUUAAACAUAACUUAUAUUCAACGAAAAUGGGAUGUAUUUGAAUGCUUUGUAAUCACACUCUAAUUAUUUCUCUAUCUACAAAUUCUAAGAUGACUAUUUUGAUAUUGUAAAUUUGUGUCAUAUUGUAGAUUUUUUGGAGUAUGUUCUUGAAUUUUUUCAAAUAUUCCCAACUUAAAAGGUGCAAAUAUUGCAGUGUUAUUGUUAGGUUAGCCAUCAUGAAAAAUAAUAUAGUAAAGUUUAGAUGAUGAACUGGGUAAUAAUGGACAUGAAGGUUCACCUAAAAUGUUUAUUACUGUGUUUUUGUUAUAUUCAAUCCAAUGUUUAUUGACCACAAACUCAGUAUAAUUUAUAUGUUGUAUUGAAGCAGGUUCUGUGUAAAAAUAGCACGAAUGAGAUAAAAAAAAACAACUACAGAUGUCUUAAUUCUAUCGCUUUAUGAUUGUUUGUCUUUUCUUGUAUUACUAGAAUUCUUUCUUUAUAAGAUGCUUUGUCACAAGAAAUUUAUUUAUUUUUUCUUAGCUAAGCAAUCAAAACUGCAAUUUGGUAAUUUCAUACUUUAUAUUAAGUUGUGUCUUUCUGUAUCACAAAGAGAUCAAAUUCUAUCUGUCUCCUUCUUAAUGUCUGAGUAAGAAUAUUUUCGUUUGUGUGUGAAUGCAAUGAUUUGUUAAUUGUCAGUCUGAGGAAUGAUUGUGUUUCUGGUACAAAAUUUAUGAUAUUUUUUAUUAAUUCAUGAAACUUACUCAGGGUGCAUAACUCAUUGAUUUGAUUUUGUAACAGUGCACGGGGAGGUAAAUUUCAACCAAUACCCAAUUUCUGGAUAAUUUAUGGCAAUGUGAAUUUUGACAAUGGCAAUGGAUACUUGAAGUAUGUAAACAUGUAAUAGUAUGGUAUGAUAAUUAACUCUGCUGCAUGUUUCAUUGCAAUCUCCUGUAUAUACAGUUUUACAGUAAAUUGAUAGAAUAAGAUGUCAACAAAUUGUUCACUACCCAGAAAGGGUAAGAUACAUUCAUGUACUAUAUUUUAAUUGUUAUAAUAUACAUGUAUAUAAACUUCUCAUACUUUAAGAAUAUGAAUAGUUGCUGUUGUUUUCCAGGUUCAGUAAACCAGAAAUGUCCAUAAAUUCAAAUUUUAGUGACUACCUGUGUGUGUAUGCAUUUAGAAACAAAAAUCAAAACUUAUUUUUAGCUGAUUUAUAAAAGAUUUGAUACAUUAUCUUAAAAAAAAAGAUCUGUUGUUUUAAAUCAAGAUUUCAGUUUAAAACAUAUACAUUAUAUUCAGAUGUCCAUUUUAGCCCUAUUUAAAUAAUUUGUUAACUAUAUAGGGUAUCUUGGAAGUUUUAUUUUUUGGUAAAGAUAAUUCUACCAUUGAUUUCAGUUUCGUGAUAUCAUAACUUCAUGAGGGUGUAUGUACUGACAAUGUACGUAGUGAAGUGAAAAUGUAUGUAGUGAUGUGAAAAUGUGAGGUACAAGAGUUGUUUUCCUUUGUAGGAACUGAUACUAAAGGUGGAUACAUUUAAGACUAAGAAAUCUCUGUGCUGUAUUUAUAAGGCUUGUAAAAUGAAAUGAGGAUCUCAA